CUUUCACGCGCGCGGAGGAGCUCUAACGGAUUUACCUUCAUUCAUUUACUCACUCUGACUCAGCACACGUCACCUCUGCUGACUUAUUCUAAAGCAUGGAUCACGUAAACUGCUCCUCACUGGAGCCCUACGGUGCUGCGGAUGGUGGGAUCAGUGGCAGCAAGGUCAUGCUCUGCCUCAUGCUCUCCAUCCUAGCUGUGGCCACUACGAUCAUCAACUCACUGGUGAUCACAGCCAUCCUGGUCACUCGCAAACUCCAUCAACCUGCCAACUACCUGAUCUGCUCGCUGGCCGUCACCGACCUCCUGGUGGCCGCGCUGGUGAUGCCGGUCGGCAUCGUCUACAUCGUGGAGGAGGCGUGGGUACUGGGACAGGCCGUCUGCCACCUGUGGCUGGGUCUGGACGUCACCUGUUGCACCUGCUCCAUUUUGCACCUAGCCGCCAUAGCUCACGAUCGCUACCGGGCCAUCACGGACGCUGUGGCCUAUUCGCAGAAACGCACUUCUCAGAGAGCGUUCAUAACCAUCACGGCACUCUGGGUAAUCUCUGUGCUCGUCUCGCUGCCUCCUCUGGUGUGGAGGAAGCAUCCCGAUGCAAGUCAGGACGUCGCAGUUACGCAUUGCCUGAUCGAGCACGACCAUGUCGCAUUUACCGUUUACUCCACUUUCGGCGCCUUUUACAUCCCCCUGGUGCUCAUCCUGGUGCUCUACUAUAAGAUCUACCGAGUGGCGCAGACGCUGCGCAUCCGCCGAGGGAGCAGCCGCCUGACGCAGCAGACGGUCAACAGUGUGGUGUUAAGUUCAGAACGGGAAGUUCCUCCUCUCAGUCCGGACACGCUCAGCCCAACCGAGAAGUCCUUCUCUGACCCUUCUACGGAUUGCGAACGAGUCAGGAUCGCUCCCACCACCGGAAGGGUGUUCAGGAGCCGCCGAAAUCCCGCCGCCAGGGAAAGGCGGGCGGCCCUUACUCUCGGCCUCAUUCUAGGGGCCUUCGUGAUCUGCUGGCUGCCGUUCUUUCUAAAAGAGGUGAUCAUGAACACGUGUUCUUCUUGCAAUACCCCAGCUUUCCUCGCGGACUUGCUGACCUGGCUGGGCUAUCUGAACUCCUUCAUCAACCCGCUCAUAUACACCAUCUUUAAUGAGGACUUCAAAAAAGCCUUUAAGAAACUUCUCCCAUGUUGUUGUACCCAGUACCGAUAAAGACAUUUUUGUAGGUCUGAAUGAUUUGGAUUCUUUUGGGUGAAUGAUUUCCUAUGAAGACUUGAGAUCAAACUGACCAAGAGUAAAUGGAAUUUAUUCUUAAACGCUCAGCUCAAAAGACUUAUUAGUGCCACUGGGAAUGGAAACCAGUUUAUCAGUGGAGGUUCAUGUUGUACAAAUGUCAUGAACAUUUCAAAUUUUAUUUUGUACCAGGUGUUUCAUUAGAAUCUGGAUAGACUACGACUCAAUUAAUUACGAAUUAAUUAUGUGGAGACAUUUAAUGCUGGACAAUUUCAGUUUCUCUUGGAUUGUACAAUAAAAAAUA